GGGAGGCGGUGGCUGGCGUCCUCUGCGCCGCCCCUGGGCCGGAUUAGACGCCGUGAGUCAGGGGCCGGCGAGCAGGGCUCGUGCGCGCGGGCGGCCCGCUGCGCACUCGUCCACCCGGGUCCGGACCGUGCGCCUCGCUCCAGGGCCGGCCGCCCUGGCUCCCGCUCCCUCGGGCUCGAGGCUCCCAGCGUGCCCGGCUCCCGCAGGCCGGCCACCAGUUGCGCACCCGGCCCGUCCAGGGGACGCGGCCGACGCGCUGGACCCGCGGGGGCGCACGGAGGCCGCAGACUCUCCAGGAAACGCCACAGUGAUGGAGUACAUGAGCACUGGAAGUGACAAUAAGGAAGAAAUUGAUUUAUUAAUCGAACAUUUAAAUGUGUCCGAUGUAGUAGACAUCAUGGAAAAUCUCUACACAAGUGAAGAGCCCGCGGUUUAUGAGCCUAGUCUGAUGACCAUGUGUCCGGACAGGAAUGAAAAUGAGGAGCGUUCAGAAUCUGUCUUGCUCAGUGGCCAAGAAGGGCCUUGGUUGUCAUCUGUCAGAUAUGGAACUGUGGAGGAUUUACUGGCUUUUGCAAACCAUAUAUCCAAUACCUCAAAGCGUUUCUGUAGACACCGACCACAAGAAUCUGGAAUUUUAUUAAAUAUGGUGAUCACUCCCCAGAAUGGACGCUACCAAAUAGACUCUGAUGUUCUCCUCAUCCCGUGGAAGCUGACUUACAGGAACAUUGGUUCUGAUUUCAUUCCUCGGGGAGCCUUUGGGAAAGUGUACUUAGCCCAAGACAUAAAGACUAAGAAAAGAAUGGCGUGUAAACUGAUCCCUGUAGAUCAGUUUAAGCCAUCUGAUGUGGAAAUCCAGGCUUGCUUCAGACAUGAGAACAUUGCUGAGUUGUAUGGUGCUGUCCUGUGGGGCGACACUGUCCAUCUCUUUAUGGAAGCUGGAGAGGGAGGAUCUGUCCUAGAGAAGCUGGAGAGCUGUGGACCCAUGAGAGAAUUUGAAAUUAUUUGGGUGGCAAAGCAUGUUCUCAAAGGACUUGAUUUUCUGCACUCCAAGAAAGUGAUUCAUCAUGAUAUUAAACCUAGCAACAUUGUUUUCAUGUCUACCAAAGCUGUUUUGGUGGAUUUUGGCCUAAGUGUUCAAAUGACUGGAGAUAUCUAUUUUCCCAAGGACCUCCGAGGAACAGAGAUUUACAUGAGUCCAGAGGUGAUCCUGUGUAGGGGCCAUUCUACAAAAGCCGACAUCUACAGCCUGGGGGCCACACUCAUCCACAUGCAGACAGGCACCCCGCCCUGGGUGAAGCGCUACCCUCGCUCUGCCUAUCCCUCCUACCUGUACAUAAUCCACAAGCAAGCGCCUCCAUUACAAGACAUUGCUAAUGACUGCAGUCCGGGCAUGAGAGAGCUGAUUGAAGCCGCCCUAGAAAGGAAUCCCAAACACCGCCCAAGAGCCUCAGAUCUACUGCGACACGAAGCCCUGAACCCCCCCAGAGAAGAUCAGCCGCGCUGUCAGAGUCUGGACUCUGCCCUCUUUGAGCGGAAGAGACUCCUGAGCAGGAAGGAGCUGGAGCUGCCUGAGAACAUUGCUGAUUCCUCAUGCACGGGAAGCACCGAGGAGUCUGAGAUGCUCAAGCGACAGCGUUCUCUCUACAUAGACCUUGGAGCCCUGGCUGGCUACUUCAAUCUUGUUCGGGGUCCACCAACACUGGAAUAUGGCUGACAGAUGGCAUUGUUUGCUCCAAACAGAAGCAUCAUUAGCCUCUGGAUGCUGGGGCUACAGACUACCCAGUGGCUCCAGACAGUGAAUUAUACUCUAUCAGGCGUCACAGUGUGGGCUGCAAUCACACAUGAAUGGGACUCCAACUGGCCCUGUGUGUCUUACUUGUGAAGCUACUCUGGUUUCCUCUGCCAGUUCUAAAGGUUCUCAUUUCCCAGGUGGCGGGACUCAAGAAAAGAUGGAGAGUCUAUACAAGGAUCAUUUCUGGUGACUGCUACCAUUCACUAUGCACUUUGCUUGACAUUUUCAGAAUAUCAACCAUAAGGACAUUAGCUUAAAAUUACUAUACUUAUUUAAGAUAGAAUGUUCAUUUAAUUCAAAAUUAUGGUUUUGUGUAUAUUGGUGUAUAUAUUAUGUUUAACUUUGAGCCUCAUUGAUAGAUUCUAGUAUAAAUUAAAGUCAUUGUAUUUAGAGUAAAUAGAACAAGUUGAGUAUUUAGCAAUAUGCUUAAACUAGUGUCUUAACCAUGGCUGAUCAAGUAGGUGCCAUCAGACAGCAGGUCACUAGUGAGUUUCUGUUAUGUUCCUAUGGAAACACUUUGUACUGUACAUGCUAUGCUUAAAACAUUUAAAACGUGAUGUUUUGAAUGUGAAUAAAACUGUGUAAACCACAUAAUCUCUGUACAUCCCAAAGGAUGCGAAAUGUGACCUUUAAGAAAAUGGAAACUAUUAUAAAUUCUUGGUGAUGCUACUUUUGUAAUUCAUAUGGCUAUUUUCUUUAAAGCAUUUGUAUAUUUAUUAAAAUAGCAUACUAUGUAUGUUUUAUGUCAAAUGCCUUCUUGAAUCUUUCUUAUAUAUUUUUAACAUUGUAAAGUAUUUCUAAAGUAUGUUUUUACAUUAUGCAAAUGAAACCCAAUGCUUUCAUCCAAUGUGAUUGGUCAGAUUUACUGAAUAAAUUCAGUUCUUUUUCUUAA